GGCUAUUUAACCCCCACCCACAUAAAUCCAUCGGAAAGGGACAGAGAAAGCAGCAGAGCAGCCAAAGAGAGCGAUGUCAGUUGUAUUGGAAGGAGGAAGAAACGAAUUGAUGGAACAAGAAGACGUCCUCUCUUCUUCCUCCUCCGGUUUCUGCUCCCUGAGGCAGUGCAGAAUUUGCCAUGAGGAGGAUGAUGAGAGGUGUGCAGCAAUGGAGUCUCCUUGCGCAUGCUCUGGCUCUCUCAAGUAUACUCAUAGGGGAUGUGUGCAGAGGUGGUGUGAUGAGAAGGGGAGCACCCUCUGUGAGAUUUGUCUUCAGAAUUUCGAGCCAGGCUACACAGUACCUCCCAAGAAAGCUCCGGUUGUUGAAAUGCCAAUCACUGUCAACGAGGAUGAGGAAGAGGAGGUGCUGGAUGAACAUCAGGGAAUUCAAUAUGCGGCAUCAGAUGGGCCAAUGGACGGCUCAGAUCGUGCUGAUUGCUCAUGGUGCCGGUCGUUGACGAUAACGUUCACCAUUGUACUACUGGUGUGGCAUCUCAUUGCCGUGGUGACAAUAGAAGCGGCGGAGCACUGCGCAUUCAGCAUCCUCACGAUGUACUUACUUCGGGCUGCUGGAAUCUUGCUUCCAUUCUAUGCUGUCAUGAGACUGAUCCGCAUGAUUCAAAACGGGCGGCCGCAGUACCGGUUGCAGCUGCUAGAGGAACAAACAAAUGUAUCAAACUUGCACAGUAUGCAUAACCAGGAGCAGGAGCGGCAGCUUGUAAUUAAUGUUCACUGAACAAAGUGUACAUAAUGCAUUGUAGGGGGCAAAUGUGCAACCAGAACAUCAUUUUUAAACUAUCAAUAUAAAUAUUUAAACAUUUAGAUAGUAAAGUUAAAAACUACAGGUGCUGCAAUCUAGCUUAGUUCCCUGUGCCAUGGAAGACUCGAAUAGAAGUGAAAAAAUGAAACAAAGGAAAAAAGGAUCAUGAUAUUGCAGUCUUGCUUACAAUUUUUCAUAACAAUGUUGGCAUGAGAACA